UGCAGCACCAAGGAAAGAAAACACCGAGGGAGAGCAGGAAAAAAUAUAUAGGGAGUCUUGAUGCAUCUGUGCAAGAGCAUCCAUUUCACGGCGAUUACAGUUCGAACCUGAGGAGACGGUGCGCAUUUCUUUGAGAAACACGGUGCUUUUCUCUCCUCCGAAGUCAUUUUCCUAGAGCGGCUGGCGGACGCAAAGACACGGUUACGGGAUUUCAUAACGAGGCUUUUCGUUUGAAGCAAAAGCAGGUCGAGCGCAGUUCCAGCAGGCUAUACUGCGUCUUGUUUGUGGAGUGGAAUUUUGCGGUCCCUAGCUCAAGACGCAAAGGGGAAUAUCAGACGUUCAAGUUCUCCUGGAAGUUGCGCAGUGAUAUAAAAACAUGGGAAUUUGUGGUUAUCUGGCGGUGUCUGGGAAAUGCCUUGUCGUCAUCGGACUGAAAUUGUUAUUCCUUGUACCUGCAGGAGUUCCAGCUAGAAGCGGGGAUUCUGUAUUAAAGGACAACAUCACCGUCAGACAGGGAGACAGCGCCGUCUUAAAAUGCAAUGUGGACAGCAAAGUCUCACGAGUGGCAUGGCUCAAUCGCACCACUAUUUUAUUUGCAGGGAGUGAAAAGUGGUCUCUGGAUCCUCGUGUCAUCUUGUUGGAAAACACAGCAGUUACAGAGUACAGCAUCAAAAUCCAAAAUGUUGAUGUCCAUGAUGAAGGGCCCUAUGUAUGCUCUAUACUCACGAACAAGAAACCACAAUCCACGAAAGUGCACCUCAUUGUUCAAGUACCUGCCAGGAUCACUAACAUAUCAAAGGACGUCACGGUGAAUGAAGGCAGCAACGUCAAUCUUAUGUGCCUGGCAGUUGGUCGACCUGAUGCCAACAUAAUUUGGAAGCAUCAUUCACCAAGGGGCACCCAUAAAUUUGUGACAGAGGGGGAGCACCUGAUGCUCACAGCCAUCACCAAAGAACAGUCGGGAUCUUAUGAAUGCAUUGCAUCUAAUGACAUCUCAAGCCCGGAUGUCAGGACAGUGCAAGUCACCGUUAACUAUCCUCCCUUCAUUUCUAAAGCGAGGAGUACAGGUACUUCAGUUGGACAAAAAGGAAUUCUGCAAUGUGAAGCCUCUGCUGUCCCAAGGGCAGAUUUUGAGUGGUACAAAGAAGACCGCAGGCUCCUCAAUGGACUAAACGGAGUAAAGAUAGAGAAUCAAGGGAAACAGUCAAUGCUUAUCUUUUUCAAUGUCUCAGAAGAAGACUAUGGGAACUACACUUGUGUUGCUAUGAACACCAUGGGAAUCACUAAUGCCAGUAUAAUACUCUAUGGUCCUGGUGCAAUGCAUGAUGUGAACGGGGCUAUUGCAAUAUCACAUUGCUCUGUAUGCCUCCUGCUUACUGUAACCUCAGUCUACCUUCUCAAGUUCUAAUGUGAAAUGCUACAACCUUGGAGCUUCUCUCAGAAUUGAAAACCAAGAACAGACUUUUAGUCCAGUAAGGAGAAUGGAAACCCAAGAUUGCCAGUGGUCCACCCUAUUUUUUUUCUUUUUCUCUGUUGUUUUUCUUUCCUUUUUCUGGCUUUGCAUCAGAGUCUGUUCUCUGUUGGCUUGUCAAGAGUGAGAAGCAUCAGCCUGCAGAAGCAAAGAUUUUAAAUAAUGCACUAAUUUGAUGAUGGUAGAACUUCUGAGUUUGUGUCUCCCCCAACCUUUUUAUAUGUGAACAUGGAAAAAGAAAAAAAAAAUACAUGUAACUGUUGAUAGUUGACUGUUUAUUGCCCAAUUCUGAAGUGUACAUUCAGAUUAUUAUUAUUAUUAUCGUGUCAUGUCCUGUUCAAUAUCUGUACAAUAACAUUAAGCUUUUUUAGGUAAAUGAUAAAAAGGGAAAAAUGCAAUGUGAUUGUUGAAUUUUACUGUAUUUUUACAGUUGUAUGCAAAACAGAAUAACUGAUCCUUCAUUAUAAACAGUUCAGAA